AUGCUCCCCUCCAGCCGUCCCCUUGCGACGCUGGCGUCCCUCGCCGCAUUCGCCUCAUUGUUCUUGGGAUCAUCUGCACAGGACACUUGCAAUGCUACUUCGCAUUGUGGGACAGAAUCUCCUUGCUGCAGUCCAUAUGGCUAUUGUGGCAGUGGUCCUGACUUCUGCUUUGGAGGCUGUGACCCUGUUGCCUCCUACUCCCUGACCUCCUGCAUGCCCGAGCCUCUCUGUGAGAAUACCAAUAUCACUUUCUCAAGUUUCGAUCGUAUCCUCAUGAACCAGACUAACUACAACGGUAACGCUUCCGCGUACGACUUCAUCCUUAACCAGGGCUCCGUCCAAAACACUACCGCUGGCGAGCUUGUCAUGAUUCUUACCGAGGAGAACGGUGGCACCCGUCUCAGCUCUACUCGUUACGUCCACUACGGACAAAUCACUGCGCGCAUAAAGACCGGGCGCUGGGGUGGUGUUGUCACGGCAUUCAUUACUAUGUCUGACAUUAAGGAUGAAAUCGACUGGGAAUGGCCAGGUAACCAAACUUCCCAAGCUCAGUCUAACUAUUUCUGGCAGGGUUUCAUUCCUGCACAGACUGCUGGUCAAACUACUGGUAAUCUGACAGACACCUACAGCAACUACCAUGAUUACACUAUUAACUGGCAACCGGACCAAUUGGAAUGGAUCAUUGAUGGCAAUGUUGUACGUACGCUGACUAAAGCGUCCGUCACGAACAACGCCACUAGCAUCAGCUAUUACCCCGAAACUCCCAGCAGGAUUGAGCUCAGCCUUUGGCCUGCAGGCAUCAGCUCUGAACCGACAGGAACUGUGGAGUGGGCGGGUGGUAUGAUCAACUGGAAUGAUCCCGACUACGUUUCUGCUGGUCAUUUCUACGCUUAUGUGGACUCUGUGUCUAUCACUUGCAACCCCCCCACACCGCCUGGACCCAACGACACCUCGUACGUGUAUGGCUCGAACACAACCACAUUCGAGCCUGCGAUCAACUAUUCGAACGAGUCAACAAUAGUUACCAGUGGCGCGUGGGGCAGCCUCAGCGCCAUCCGUGCUGACAGCUUUAAAUGGGGAAUGCUUGUCUCCGUUGGUGCAGUGGUGCUUGGCACCACCCUCUUCUAA